AUGUGGAGACUGAACGGAUAUGAUCUGUUCAUGAAGUCUCACACAGUAAUAAGACUGGCAGUUCAUUUGCCUAAUCGCCAAAUGGUUUAUUUCCGAGCGGGAAAUGAAGAACAAGCUGCUCAAAGAGAGCUAACUCGAGAUACCACGUUGACUGCAUGGUUUAAAUUAAAUCAAUCUGAUGAAAAUGCGGUGCAUUUUCUUUACACAGAUAUUCCUUAUCAUUAUAUCUAUGAUAAAAAAGAAACUAAGUGGAAGCCACGCAAAAAGGGUGGUGAUAAAAUAAUUUCAAGACUUUAUACAGAUGCAGCAAUUGCAAAAAAUUUGGUAGAAGCUGAUGAUCUUUGGGAAAAAACGCUGGAAGAAGCAACAGAUUCCAAAACGCCCGUACAACUUCGAGAGCUAUUUGCCUACAUUUGCAUCUAUGGAACUCCAACAGAUGUACUAACUCUUUGGAAUAAAUAUAAAGAUCACAUGAUUGAGGACUUUGUACACAACAAUGUUGUCAAUCCUGAAAAUAUGGCUUUAAACCAUAUACAAGAAAUUCUGAAAAAUAAUGGAAGUAGCUGUGAGAACUUCCAAUUGCCAAAUCCAAUUCCAGUGAAUAUUUACGUCACAGAAUAUAAUGUAGAUGAAGAAAGAAGACGUGGUGACUAUUUAUUAUCAACAUUAAAUGUUGAACAAAGAUACGUGUACGAUAUAGUUAUGCGAGCGAUUGACAAUGAGAAUGAACCUCAGCGGUUAUUUUAUAUUGACGGGUUUGCAGGAAGUGGAAAAACCUAUCUAUUUAACACAUUUCUGAGUGUUAUUCGAGGAAAAAACGAAAUGGUUAUUCCAUGUGCUUCAACUGGCAUUGCAGCCACACUUCUAAAAGGAGGAAAAACUUAUCAUUCCCUGUUCAAACUUUCAAUACCAAUUGAUGAUGGAGCUAAAUCUAAUAUAAGAGGAAACUCUCAAGCUGCACGAGAACUGAUCUCUGCUAAACUCAUUAUAUGGGAUGAGGUGAGCAUGACGGUUGGGCAUGCCUUAACAGCAGUUGAUAAACUCUUCAAGGAUCUAAUGAAGAAUCCUAGACCAUUUGGAGGAAAAGUUAUUUUAUUUGCAGGAGAUUUCAGACAAAAUCUUCCAGUAGUACCUCAUGCACAUAAAGCAGCCAUAAUUGAGUCAACUGUCAAAUACAAUCCUAUAUGGAGAAAUGUAACUCAGGUUAAAUUACAGCAAAAUAUGAGAACUGCGGAUGAAAAGGAAUUUGCAAAUUGGCUAAUGCAAUUAGGAGAUGGUAAAUUGUCAAGUACAGAUGGAUUACAUCUUGAUACAAUUGAAAUCCCCCAGGAUUUUAUAUCAAAAGAAUCUAUUAUUACUGAGAUUUUUGGUGAUAGAAUCACCACGGAACAGAUUAGAGAAAAUCCAGAUCGAGCGAUUCUUUGUCCUAAAAAUGAAGAUAUUUUCAAAAUUAAUGACGAAAUCCUUCGUUUAAUGGAAGGAGAAGAAAAGGAAUAUCUAUCAAUUGACUCUAUUGUAAGUGAUGAUCCACAAGAGCAAUUGAAUUGUCCGACUGAGUUUUUAAAUUCUAUGACACCUUCUGGAAUGCCAGUUCAUCGACUUAAAAUAAAAGUCAGUGUUACAAUUAUCUUAUUAAGAAAUUUAAAUACUAAGAAAGGACUUUGCAAUGGCACAAGAUUUAUUGUUACAGAUUUGAAACAUAAUCUUAUUUAUGCGGAGGUUCUAACUGGUCCUGCUCGAGGCCAGAUUGUCUUCAUCCCAAAAAUCGAUUUCAUUACAAAUGACUCGGAAGUUCCAUUCAAGCUUAAACGGAGACAGUUUCCUAUUCGAGUAUCAUUUGCUAUGACAAUAAAUAAAUCUCAAGGACAAACUUUACAAAAAGUUGGGAUUUAUCUGCCACAUCCUGUAUUUGCUCAUGGUCAACUUUAUGUGGCAUUUUCUAGAGCAACCAAAAAGGAAAAUGUCAAAAUUAAGAUUGAUGAAACAAGCAAUCAAGGACAUCUCAUUGAAGAAAAUCCAGAAUCUUAUACAAAAAAUAUC